GUUGGAGGCAAUUUUGAACAUGCGCUUUGCCUGCCCGGAUCCGGCCUGCGGGAUCGGCACGAGCGUUCCUCCGGCCGCCGAUGUUCCUGCAGAACUGCGCACGCAUGGGCUCGAGUACGCAGUCCAAUGCCUCGGCUGCCUCAGCUUCGCAUUCCCGUGCGACGCCUGCCACAAACUGUCGCCGAUCAAGCAUGGCCGCGCGGGACUGCUCGUGUGUGGCCACUGUGGCUUCAUGGAGGUGCUCGAGGAGUCUGUUCGGAAGGCGCUUCAGCUGCCGCCGUUGCCGAUCGAGGACGCACUGCGCAACGAAGUCGUGCACAUUCGAGCCGUACAAGAGCAGCUCGCCGCCGCCAACACGCCGUCUCAAAUCGGCUCGACGCCAACGCUUCGAGCCAAGGUAUCGGAGCUCCGAGGGUCGUGGAUGGCUGUACUGCAGCAGCCGACGCAGAACGCCAACAGCGUCACGUGCAGCCUCACGAUGCUCAAGCUCUUGCCGUCGACGGCCGAGGCAACGCCGGACGACCAAGAGUGGAUGGCAUCGACCAUCGAGUCGUUUUACCAGCAGCGGCCGCAGCUGAUCCAGCUACGAGAUGCAUCGACGCAGUCGCUCGAGCUCGAGGCGCAGCUCGUGGCCAAGAAGGCGCUAAGUGCUGCGGCGCUGAGCCACUUGCGGCGCUACGAGCCGUCCCAGUCGCAGCAAUUUGAGGCGCUGACGUCGCCUUUCUGGGCACUCGUGGGGAAGGCCAACGCCCAGUUGCGGCGCCUCGUUGCCACCGCCCGCGACCUUGAGAGCGCCUCCGCAGACCCGUCCUCGACAACGAGCAGUGCUCCGAGUACGGCCGCAACGUGGGCCAACCCCCGUAGUCGGCGGCGCGCCCGUUCGGUGGCCGCUGCCGUGUCGCCCCACGACCUCCGCCUCCGUGUGCUCGCCGAAGAGUUCCAACUCUGGCGUCACAUCUGCCGUGAAAUUGCUAGCGUCUGUUGCUCCGAGCAGUAGUUAGUCGAUUAGUCAAGGUACUAGCUGUUGAAGAUACGCGUGUAAAGCUGA